UUAUAUUUCGUUCUACAGUUUGUCAACCUGAGUUAGCAUUGGUCUAGCGAUGCAGAUGGCAUGUGCUAAAAAGAAUUCAUUCAGUUGGUUGCGGGAUCUGAUAGGGUGCAGGUUACCUUACGUUCGUGUACGCCGAUUAUGUCAACUGAUAUUUCGGCUUUUAAUACUGUAACUUCCAUAACAGAGUGGAAAUGUUCAAUAUUUUAGAACGCAGUAGAUGACUAACGUCUCAUUUAUAGACUAUUAAAAGAAUAUCCCGUCGUUUUCGUUUUAUUUAGUUUGUUUUUCUUUUCUAUAAUUUACUAUUGUGGAUUAUGUUUACAGCUCUUGCACCUAAUUGUUCCUCGAUUGAUAUGUCUGUUAAAAAGAAACUUUAUACCGUUUUAAUCUUGGGAUUUGUGUGUAUAUUGUAUUACUGUUCGUUCGGUAAUAGAGACGAACACUUCGUUUCUAUGAAGCAGUCAAUGGAUGAAUAUGAAUUACUUUUACGCGAGACACGAGAACAGAUACUCGAUAGAUUGAAAAUGUGCCAAAGGGAUUGUCAACAUUGGGAUCCAGAUGUUCCUGUAGUUUAUGCUGUUACACCGACAUACACACGCCCCGUACAGAAAGCUGAACUUACGAGGCUUUCGCAGACAUUUAUGCUCGUCAACAACCUGCAUUGGAUAGUUGUCGAAGACGCACCGAAGAAAUCGAUGCUAGUAGAAAACCUACUUGCUCGAACUACCCUCAACUAUACACAUUUGUUAGCCCAGACGCCACAGAAAUAUCGGAAAAAGGGUGCUUCUAGAGGAGUCGUCCAAAGAAACGAAGCUCUGAAAUGGCUGAGGAAAAACAGAUCUGAAAAAGAUAAAGGUGUCGUCUACUUUGCUGAUGAUGACAAUUCCUACAAUAUUCAAUUAUUUGAAGAGAUGAGAUCAACGAAAGAAGUUGGAGUGUGGCCGGUCGGUUUGGUCGGUGGUCUCUUGGUGGAAAGGCCACUCCUCAAUUUGACUACGGGUAAGGUCAACGGUUGGAAUGCUGUAUGGCGGCCUGAUAGAGUUUUCCCCAUCGACAUGGCUGGGUUCGCUGUUAACCUAGGACAUAUUUUAAGACAACCAAAUGCAUAUUUUUCUUAUAACGCAUACGGAGGCUUUUUGGAAAGUCAUUUUCUAGAACAACUUACAACACAGGAUCAUCUAGAACCAAAAGCAGAAAACUGCACUCAGGUAUUGGUUUGGCAUACCAGAACAGAAACACCGAAACUAAGCGAAGAGAACAAAAUAAAAUUACGCGGCCUUCGGUCAGAUGCAGGUAUGGAAGUGUGAAGUGGCAUGUGAUAUUUUUAAAUAAAUUGCUUUUAUUUAUAUUUAAAUUAUUAAAAACAUAAAAAAGACACGAGUGUGUGCAUAAUAUUUAUUAAUAAUUAUGUUUAAAUUUAUUGUAAAUAUGUAAAUGUCUUAUGUAUAUUUAUGUACAUGGAAACGUAUAAGGUGUUGAAAGUGUUUGUCCGGUAAUAAUACUCGUUAAGUUAUAAGGUAUACACUAUGUGAUAUGUAGUUCGCUGUCGAGGCAAUGGAACAGAUAAUUUGUACUUAUUUAUAAUUUAAA